UUUAAUAAAAUUUUGUCUAUCACAGAUUUUUUAACGCAAUGACCUGGCACCCCUGCGAAGUAUGUGCGUGAAAAAUUUUUCAUUAGUUUAGCUGCUAUUUUCUAGUCAUUCGAAUAAAGAGCGCAACUUAAGUAUUUUUUCUCCAAUCGAUAUCAUAUAAUGGGGAAAACUAAAUUUGAUCGGAACUGGAUGACGUUGGUGGAUCCCAACGGACAACUUUUCUCCGAUUACAUCAUAUACGACGAAGAAAACCAAAGUACACUUUUUAAAGUGUACUGUCGUAUUUGCAACCGUAAGAAAAUCACGUUCGAUAAUCGAGGAAUCUCUGCUUUGAAAGAUCAUGCUCGAAGUGCUAAACAUAAAGGAUUAGCCAAUAUAAACUCGAUGCCUCAGCAGUUACGGUUGAAAGCAACAAGAGAAGCUUCUGUUAAACAAAAUGAACCUGGCACUAAACCUGCUAAUGAGGCAAAUACAAUUCGGCUCUAUGCUACUAACGAGCAAAUAUUGGAGAAGGAAUUGAUUUGGACGAUACACGCUGUUUUGAAAAACGAGUCCUUCAAUUCCGCCGGAAAGGACGAUAAGAUCUUGCGACUCAUCGCACCAAACGACCUUAAAGGGUUCAAUCUGAAUCGGCAGAAGAUGACUCAUUUUGUUAAUGAAGCUAUAGGACCAUAUUUCAAAGACCUUUUCUUAAAUGAUGUCAAAGGGAAAUACUUUUCGCUUCUGUUCGAUGAAUGUGAAGCCAGCAAUAAGUUAAAGGAGCUUGGAAUAUUGAUAAAGUACCAUUCACCGAAGCUCGAAAGGCUUAUUAGUUUCCAUCUCGAAAGCAAAUUCAUAGGUAAAGCUACAGCGGAAGUAUUACUGUUGCACGUAAAUGAUGCUCUACGUAACAAUAAUAUGAGUACAGACUUCUUAGUUAUGGUUGGGCAUGAUGGACCAAAUGUAAAUAAAUCUUUUUCAAGAAAGUUGAACAACGAGUUAAUCAGAGAACGUGGGUACGGAUUAAUCUAUAACAAUUCUUGCAUAAUACAUACCAUACACAAUGCUUUCCGCUAUUCGGUUAAGAAGUUCGGAUAUGAUGUCUCGGAUCUUGCAAAAUACUUAUUUUAUUACUUCGAGGUUCCUGCAAAAUGGGAAAACUUUCAUAAAAAUUGCAACAAGAAACCUAAACGUUUUCAAAAACACAUCGAGACGCGAUGGGCAUCUCUUGGAGCAGCUGCGUCGACUAUACUUGCAAAUUUUGAUCAACUUAAACAACUCAAGCUAAAUAUUCAAAAAAUGAAUAAGCACAGUUUCUAUGAGAAAGAAAUUUUGAAAUUACUUACCCUUCCUGAUAUAAAAGAACAGAUAAUGUUCAUUAUUGAAAUAACGCAAGAAGCAGAAUCAUUGAUAAAAUUUUUGGAAACAAAUGAUUUUAUAUUGUUUGAUGUUUACGAUAAGAUUAAUAAGUUUAUCGCAAUGUUUUUGACGAGAUUCUACGAUCCCGAAAAAAUAGCAAUUGCGCUGGAUGAAAAAAGGUUACAGGAGGAUGAUCUCUUGAGCGACGAAGAUGUUAUUAUUUACAAAUCGGUUUGUGAUGGUGCUGGAAAUACCGUACAGUGGCCUACAUUCAAACAACGCGUCAAGAAACAUUAUUUCACAUUUGUAAAUUAUUUGUUCGAAAAAAAAAUUCUUUGCAAUUUUUUGAAGCUUGUUAGUUUUAUGAAACCCCAAAAAAUUAAAGAUGGGCAAUCGUUUCAGCAAUUGGUCGAGCUGGCCGAAUUGGUGAAUUUCCACCUUGACAAAACCAAAAUUUACGAGGAGGUGGUUCUGGCAAGUGUUUUCUUCAGUGGACAAAACUUCGAUUGUAUGCUCUCCGACCUCGAGUUCUACAAAUUGCUAUUUCAGCAGAGCUGUUGCCAGGAAUUACAAAAACUUUUCGAUAUAUGUUCUUGCGUUUCGCAUUCUAACGCGGAAAUCGAAAGAAGAUUUUCACACUCAAAAAUAUUGAUGUCUGAUGGAAGAUCCCGUCUCGGUGAAAACACAUUCAAUAAUGCAAAGAACAUAAUAAAUGGAAUGCUAUUCUUCGACAAUAUGGUCACUAAUUUUGUUUGUGAUAAAAAUCUCAUUCUUAAAGCAAAAUUUGCACGACAGGCUUACGAAGCGAAGAUGGACAAGAAAAGAAAUGAAGAAGAAAAUGCUCAAAGGAAACAAGAUGAAGAGGAAAAGAAAGACAUUCAGAGUAAAAUCCGACAACAAGAGAAGGCGCUGUCUCAGAAAGCAAAAGCUAAGCAGGAGGCGAUGAAUUUAAUUGAAAGAGAAAUUAAAAAGAUUAAAUCAGAUCAUCCGGAUGUGGCCUACCUUAAAAUUCUUCUUUCCGAGAAGGAAAAGCUUGCCGAGCAAGAAGAUAUUGAAGCAAAAAAAUUAGUUUCUCUGAAGUCUGUUUAGCUUUUUCAAAAUUACAGAAUUGUAAGCAAUUUAAUUUUCACUGUUACAAUUCAUCUAACUAAGAACAUCUAAAAAGAUAUAGAAUAAAAACGAAAUCAUUUUCAUGGGAUUUUGUAUGUUGAUUUAUUUAUUGUGUUUAUAUGAUAAACUAAUGGACAUUUUUAAAUUAUAUUCAAGUAGAUUUGCAAGUUCUGCGGUAAGUAUCAUGCGCAUAAAAAUUGUGGUACAAACGCUUCGCUCGAAUAUCGCGCGUUUUUAUUUUCAACUUGGCGCGGAUUUCGCGCGUUUUAGUGUUCGACUUCGCGCGGAUUUCGCGCGUUUUGAUUUUGAAAUUUUUCGUAACAACCCUGCAAUA